AAACAAUGCUGUCUUCAGAAGGCGUAAAGUGGACAUGUAAAAUUCAUAACAAACCUGUCGUUCAAGUUUGUAUAUAAUAAAAGUGCAACAAUGAUUAGAAAGCCAGUUGCCUGAUAUGUAUUAAUUCUGACCUUCAACACUUCAGAUGUUAAUAUGUUUCAUUAGAAGAUAUUCCAAAGUAGGUGGAAAGCCAUCAAAAAUUAUUUUAAGAAAUAUAGAAUUCUAUAAUAUAGUUAGAAGAUGAAUUUAAAAAUAGAAUACAGAUUAUGAAAGAAGUUUUAGAUGGCUAUUAAAUUUAAGAAACAUUCAGGUGCAUUAUUGAAUUAGAGCACGUAAAUCUUUUGGCAAACGUCUUAAGAAAACUGCCUAAAAUUAAGGAAAGAGUGAAUGAAAUUUCAAAAAUAAUAAAGGAUAUAUUACAACCGUUGUCUUCUUCAAAAUUCGAACCAUUAAAGAAAUGGAAACAAGAGUGCUUAGAAACAACACUGUUACAAAAUGAACAAACCACAAGAUUAAUCUAAAAUCUGAGAAAUCAAAACAAUUAAGGAAAUAUGGAAACUAUUAAUCGCUUAGAUACAAAUUAAAAUACUAAUAGAAGUCAUAGUAUAUAGGAAUUACUAAAUCAAGGAAAAGAAAAUCUAGGAUUUUUAAAGUAUGAGUUUGCAAUAAGAUGUUUUCAAUAAGUUCUUUAAGUAGAGCCUAACAAUAUUGAAGCUAAAGUAGGUUUAAGUAAAUAAAGAUAUUAAAUUAGUGUAUACUCUAGGUGAAAUGAAUUACUUAAAUUCUUCUUUCUAAAUUUCAUAAAAUAUCCUUGAAUAAGAUCCUUAAAAUUUUGAAGCAGCAUUGUAAUAAGGUUGAAAUAAAUAAUAUGUCAUAGGAGUAAUUCUUUACAAUUAAAAAAAAUAUGGAGAAUCAAUUAGCCAUAUAUCAUAAAAAUUAAAUAGAUUUUCCAAUCAUAAUAAAUACAAAGAAGUAUUAAAAUUGCUUAGUAAGCUUUUUAUUAACCAUAGAUAAUAAUUACAUAGAGAAUAAUUAACUAUAGCUUGCAAAAACUGGAUUAAAUUAAUUAAGAUAAAUGUAUGAGGAUAAUUUAAGUUAUAAUUAAGGAAUGGGUAAUAAAAACAUAAAAUAUUUAAUAGCAAAAUGUUGUUUAAUUGAAAAUUAAUUAAACGAAGCUCAAUAAUAUUUGAAUCAAGCAAAUUAAAUAAGGAAUGAUGAUUUAGAAAAUGAUUUAAUUUAAUGUACCUUCUUAAAAUAUUUUAAGUGCAAAUAUUUGAAAAAUAGCGUUAAUAUUCAAAGUGUCUGGAUUAAAUAAGAUAAAAAUUUCAAAUACAUUUAUAAGAUCAAAUACUUUAAUAAGAUCAAAUAAGGUUAAACUUUAAAGCCAAGGAAAAACUAAUGAAAUUGUAAAGUAUAAAUGCACUCUAUUUUAGCCAUUUAUAAUUUUAAAUUAAAUUUAUUUUAGGAAUCUAUGCUUUAUAGUUAAAUAUACUUAAAAAAUUUCCAAGAUGACAUUGAAAUAUAGUAUAUUUUCGGGAAAUGCUCACUUCAAUAUCAAUUAUAUCUUCUGGCUAUUCAUUUUUUUGAUUAAGUAAUAAAUAAAAAUUAAAAUCAUUCUGAAGCAAGAAUGUCAAAAGGUAUUAAAAUAUAAUAAAUUAGAAUAAGCUGAACUUUAGCUCAGAGCCAAUUAGCAAACAUGAA